AUGACCCUGCCUCACGCCUUCGUUUCUCGCCCUUCAGUGUACACUCGUCGGCGUCCCCAUAGCUCAAAAAGGGUUGCAUGCAUUUUGAAUCGUCUUCACUUCGGAGCUUUAACAACCUCUCGGGCCAGCGAGUUGUUGGUAGGAUUUCAUCAAGAAAUCGCACCAAGAAAAACGCAGUUUAACGACCCAACGUGCACGGCCCCAUUUCGCUAUCAAGAUGAUCAGCAUUCGUCAGGCAGUGGUAAGUAUCUGAUUUCUACUCAACAGUUCCCGCCUGUCCUGUUGGUCAGUUUCGGCGAGAGACGGCGAGAGAUCUUCAAAUUUCUUAUCCGCCAACUAUCGAAACGUUCACCCCACUCGCCCUCUCCAACAAAUUCUGAUUACGCCUGCGCCUCUUUAUUUCCCUAUGCGCGAUGCGUCGCUCAACCACCAGGCCGAGGAUCUGCUCGCCAUCCAAGCAUGCAACCUCGCCUGCCUCCCCGAAAACUACCAGAUGAAGUAUUUCUUCUACCACAUUCUCUCCUGGCCGCAGCUCAUGUUUGUCGCUGAGGACGCACGCGGACGGGUCGUGGGCUACGUGCUCUCUAAGCUGGAAGAAGAGUCCUCUCUCGUCCGCGGACACAUAACCUCUCUCGCUGUCCUGCGUCCGUAUCGGAAGAUGGGUAUCGCGCGCCGUCUGAUGGAGUGUGCCCAUGCAGCUAUGAAGGAGACGUUUCAGGCAGAGUAUGCGAGUCUGCACGUGCGGAAGAGCAAUGAUGCUGCAAAGCAUCUCUAUAUUGAGACGCUUGGUUAUAAGGUUCAUGACAUCGAGGCCAAGUACUACGCAGACGCCGAAGAUGCUUACGAUAUGCGGUGCGAUUUCAAAGAAAAGUCCAAAGAGACUGUAGACACUGACAAACCGAACGCGUGAGACACCCGUCGUAAGGAAUUGUAAACUACUCGAAGCACAUCGUUGACGGAGUUGAGCAUUCCGCACUCCCCUU